AUGGUCAGCAGUAGUUCUCAGAGGAAUUUUCGCUCUCUCCUCAGCACAUUUCGCUCUCCAAGCUAUAAGUCUGCCAAAAUUCCAGAGGAGAAUGAUGAUUUCGAAGGAACUCCAACGAAAAAGGCAUAUCGAGAGGACUCCCUUCUCCCAAACUUCGAAGAGUUCCACCGCCAACAACAGAUACCCAAUGCCGAAAUUGACGUACUUGAUGAUGAUAUCCCCCUGGAUGCUUUCGGUAUGGCAGCUACUGCGUAUCAAUGCUGUUGCUCUCCUGAUAGCGCAGUUGUAUGCGUUGUUCCUGGGAAAAAAGAUACCGAUAUUUCAUAUCCUUUACUAACGAGAAUAGCAAAUACCCUUAUAACUCCACCAUUUCGACCACUGGCCUCCAGUUCUUCAGACUUUGGAUCUCCCUCGAGCCCGUUACUUACAGUUGAAGGAAUCUCUAGAGGGAGAUUCUAUGGAGAAGGCCUGGACGUCCAUAAGAGUCCACAUUGGCCAUCUACACGGGAAAUCACUCCUCCGGUCAAAAUAUUCCCUUUCCAGAGACGAGAAAUCGUCAAAUCUCCGGAGAUUCAGUUGAAGCAUGCACCGCCUAUUAUACAAGGCAUUAGACUUGUAUCUACUCGCGAACUCUCAGAUCGAUUUCGGACUCUCUUCUCUUUCCCGCUCUUUAACGCAAUCCAGUCAAAGACAUUCCCUGUAAUAUACCAUCGGACCGAUAAUGUCGUUCUAUCUGCUCCCACUGGAAGUGGGAAAACAGUAAUCAUGGAACUAGCUAUCUGCAAGCUUGUUUCUGAUCUUAAGGAUUCACGUUUCAAAGUUGUUUACCUUGCACCUACAAAAUCAUUAUGCUCUGAAAGAUUCCGUGACUGGCGCGCAAAAUUUGCUCUUCUAGACUUACAAUGUGCCGAGCUUACUGGGGAUACUGAUCACUUUCAAAUUAGAAACGUCCAACAAGCCAGCAUCAUUAUUACAACCCCCGAAAAGUGGGACAGCAUGACUAGGAAAUGGAAGGACCACAUGAAGCUAAUGCAGCUCAUCAAGUUAGUUCUUAUCGAUGAGGUACACAUCCUGAAAGAAGCCCGCGGAGCUACAUUAGAAGCAGUGGUUUCCCGUAUGAAGUCAGUGAAUUCCAAUGUUCGCUUCGUGGCCCUGAGUGCUACUGUUCCAAAUUCGGAAGAUAUUGCAACUUGGUUGGGAAAAGAUCCAACAAACCAACAUCUUCCAGCUCAUAGGGAGCGGUUCGGAGAAGAGUUCCGGCCUGUCAGACUCCAGAAAUUCGUUUAUGGGUACCAAGCUAAUGGAAAUGAUUUCGCAUUCGAUAAAGUCUGUGAGACUAAGUAA